AUGCUAUCUGACUUCAACCUUUUCAACCCCAAGAAAGCCAUAGAUUACGCGAGAUUUUACGACGUAUACUCUUCAUCUACGCCAUCUUGGUUGCAAACGUCAAAAAGCGCGCCAGAAAUGUCAACCAGUCAAAAUUCUACAUCCUCUGUGGCCGGCCAUUCCAGCCUGGCAACAUCUUCAAUUACAACAGAUGAUACGUUAAGUAUGAUAACAACACCGUGGACUACAGAGUCGUGGGAAUCGCAAUAUAUGUCGCCAUCAACGAACGCUUACAUAUCGUGGUCGAGCACGGAUAAAAUGUUUAUUUUAUCGUCGUUAUCUUUCGACCCACAAUCAUCGCCGUCGUCCUGUCCUUUAAGUUUGGAUAUGCGAAGCGAUAGUAGAUUGACUAUGACACUGUAUAAUAACAGCUCUAUGGAUCACGGGAGUCCAAUACUUAAGCCAGUGGAAGUGAUGUCUUCUACAACAUCAUCUACGUUUAGUUCUUGGACGAUAGAAUCAUUUACGAGCGACGGCAGAUUGUUAUCAGACUGCAGCAAUGCAAAGAUAGUGAAGGCGUAUUGUCGUUGGAGCGACAGCCCAUACUCUUUAUACAGCGAGACAGAUAUAUAUCCCAGCACUUUGAACUCGAGAAGCUUUAUUUUGUCUACCCCCAGUGGUACUCCUCCAUUGAAAAUGGAAAAGAAGGAAGGACUCGACCUCGACGACUUCGACUAUCCGAAUCUCGAAUAUGGAACUUUAUUGAAUUCGCCGUAA